AUGGGUGUGUUUCUCCUGCCAGUGGGGUUGUGUAAGGAAAUUGAAAAAGUCAUGAAUUCUUUUUGGUGGAAGGGGGGUAAGAGGGAGAAUAAGGGCAUUCAUUGGAAAUCCUGGGAUAAACUUUGUCAUCCUAAGAAGUGGGGUGGGAUGGGUUUUAGAAGCUUAAGGGACUUCAAUUUGGCUAUGUUGUCUAAACAAUCCUGGAGACUUAUAAACAAUCAAACAUCCUUAGCAGCACAAAUUUUUAGGGCAAGAUAUUACCCUAACUCUUCUUUCCUGGAAGCGAAACUUGGCACAAAUUCCUCUUUUAUUUGGAGUAGUCUUGUUCAAACUCAAGACAUCAUCAGAAAGCAUAGCAAGUGGAGAGUGGGCAAUGGUUCUAAUAUAAAUAUCUGGACAGAGGAUUGGCUCCCGGAUAAACAAAAUCCAAAAGUGUGUUCUUUCCCUUACCCACUAAUGGAAGAUGCAAAAGUUGCAGAUCUUAUUGUACCAGGUCAGAAUAGGUGGGAUGAAGAAAUGGUCAGAAUUAUUUUCUCUGAAAGGGAUGCUAACCUGAUUAUGAGUAUCCCUUUACCCAAGCAGCAGAGUGGUGACAAGGUUAUCUAG